CACACAGCUUUCUCACUUGCCAGCCGGGUUCUGGGAUAGAAUUGUGUUGCAUUACUUCUCUGAAUAACAAGAAGCAUCCUAAACAUGGCCAGCCGGCGGCCCUCCACCUGAUGUCGCUCAUUGCCUUGUCGAAUCCUUUUAUUACCUAUUGGCGGACGCCAGCUGCAAAAUGCCCAACUGGGGAGGUGGAAACAAAUGUGGAGCCUGUGGCAGCAAUGUUUAUCAUGCUGAAGAAGUGCAGUGCGAUGGGAAGAGUUACCACAAAUGCUGCUUCCUUUGUAUGGUAUGCCGAAAAAACCUGGACAGCACAACUGUAGCCAUUCACGAUGAUGAGAUUUAUUGUCGAUCAUGUUAUGGGAAAAAGUAUGGCCCGAAAGGAUAUGGAUAUGGCCAAGGAGCUGGCACUUUGAAUAUGGACAGAGGGGAAAGGCUUGGCAUAAAGCCGGAGGAAAAUCUGGCACGGCAGAAUACCAGUUCAAAUCCUUCUAAGUAUGCUCAAAAGUUUGGAGGUGCUGAGAAGUGUCCUAGAUGCAAUGAAUCUGUAUAUGCCGCUGAGAAAAUAAUGGGAGCUGGAAAGCCUUGGCAUAAGAACUGCUUUAGGUGUGCAAAGUGUGGAAAGAGUCUAGAAUCUACAACCCUGACUGAAAAAGAAGGAGAGAUCUAUUGCAAAGCUUGCUAUGCAAAGAAUUUUGGGCCCAAAGGAUUUGGUUAUGGGCAGGGAGCUGGUGCUCUAGUCCAUGCCCAGUGAAGAAGGAUGCAGCUUGUUCUGGAGACAACACAACAUUCCAUGAAACCUGGCAUUUCCUUGAAACUAAGCAGCCAAGAAUUCCAACCUGUACUAAUCACUGUGACACUUUACAUGUCUUUGUUAUAAUGAUGUACUUUCAUAAAGCUUGUUGAUGCUUUCUCUGUAACACUACAUUUAAUAGAAAUAAUCUGAUGUUUCAAUAAAGUAUUUGGUUUUGUUCCCUGUU